GCCCUUGUCAAGCGCGAGUCACCUGAUCAACCUUGGGACAGCUCCGCACAGCUGAUUUCAUUACCGAGUAUCGAGAAGUCGAAUAAUUCCCCAGGGCGAGCGGGUGAAAGGAAACUAAAAGUCGUCGGAUUCGGGGAUUUAAACGGAUUGGUGUUUUCUUGUCCACUAGAAGUGGCUCUCUAAGGAUCUAUUAAACGACGAAGUUCCAACACAAAACUUGAGCAACGGUCCGCGUCCACCACUGCGUAUCUUUCACCAUAGGAAAAUAAGUGAGCCUCAACGGUUGCCUGUAAAUGAGUUACGACCAGCCCCCUCCGUAUGCGGGCCCCGGCCCCACGGCUCCCGGCUACCCAGCAGGGCCCUCUGCCCCCGGGUACCCAGGAGCGUAUCCUGCACAAGCCUACCAGGCCUACCAGGGCCAGCCAGGGUACCCCGUCCAGACCGACAUGCCUCAGCCAGGCUACCCGGCCUACCCAGCUGGCCAGCCCGGAGCUUACCCCGCACCUCAGCCGGGCUACCAGGGAGGAUACCAGGGCCCUCCACAGCCAGGGUACGGAUGGCCCAAUGCAGCACCGGGACAGCCAUACGGGGAGCCUCCAAAGAACACAGUGUAUGUAGUGGAGGAGCGGCGGGCGGCUGACUCUGGUGGUGGUUCUGAUCUGGGGAGCUGCCUGACGGGCUGCUGGGCUGCCCUGUGCUGCUGCUGCCUGUGGGACAUGAUGACCUGACCCUGACCCUGACCCUGACCAUGGUCCAGCCCCAGCCCCAGCCUCAGCCCCAGCGCCAGCCCCGACCCCGACCCUCACCCUGACUCCAUACUGUUACAGGAGUCAAUACCACAGAAGCAUAAUAUAUCAUCAUAACAAUAUGGCCUGUACGACACUUUCUUAUCUUUGUUACAAAAGCUUGAAAAUAGUUAUUUUUGUUUGUGUUUUUUUUUUCGUAUAUGACAUACUCUUUAGUUGACAAGGGUGUCUUUGAAAUCAUUAUUUUAAUGAUGUGUUUAUGAAAGCUGCUGUUAAAAAUGGUAUAGCUGUUUUUAUAUCAGAUGUACGAAGGCGUAUAAACAAUAUUUGGCAAAGCUACAGUAACAUUACAGAUGUUAUGGAUUUAAUCAGUGGGUUUAAUUUAUUUAUUCUUACAGUACCCGAAUGUGUACCCUUCACAUCGUGCCUUUUGAAGUUACAGCUGUGACUUGUUCUUAAUCCUGUAAUUCUUUUCACUGUGAAUGUAUGUACUGUAUGUUGUGUGAGUAACUCCAGAGUAAUAUGGAAAACAUGAGUGAGCGCUCAAGGUGACUAUUCAAAUCAUUGGCCAAACGCACCCCUCCCAAUUUACAUAUACACCAAAGAAUGGUACAGUAAUAGCAACAGGCACAGCACAGGGUCGGAUCCACAGGAGGAAAUGGUUGCAUCACAAAGCUGCCUUCCCUUAACGGUAGUAUGUCAUUAUAGUAUGGUACAGUACAGUAACGGUACAGUAUGUCAAUUUUCAUAAUCGAUUCUGCCCAUUCGUAAAUUUGAUCUUUUCAUAAAUACUUAACUAGUAUUUACUGACAUGACCAAAGAACAGUAAGUUUUGCAGCCAAUGUUAUGUAUUGCUGCUUAUGCAAAAUAAAUAGCAGAUAUGGAGAAGAUUUCACAUAUUAGUAUACACUCCCAAGUUAUAAUGAGUACUAAAAAUUGACUGUGGUGGUGGUAAACAUGCACGAAAAAGAGAACACUUGUGAGUGGGCACAGCAGAGUGCAGGGUUGGAUCAACAAGAGGAAAUAGUUGCAUCACUCCAUAAGCUGCCUUCCCUGAAGGCCCAUCCAGGCCACAGGGCUCCACUUCCAUCAGACGCGUGUUGUUGUGAAAACGAUGCCAUUGAGGCCCAUCAGUGCAUUAAACACACACCACUGCCAGUGCCAUACAGCAUUUCCACGUGACGUGACUUCACCAAUGUUGGUGUCUGGUGGCAGAUUGUGUUUCUUUGUGUUUGUGUUUCGUUCCCACUCCUGUGGCUGUUAAGCAUGUGUACGUUUUGAGGGAUUCUUGUUUCUUUUUUGUUUCUCCAUGUCACCUUUUUCUGAUCUUCUCACAAAUAAAAUACAAGUGCCUCACUA